AGGCAAGUUUGAAUUUUGUUAUAUAGACUAGUUGAAUUUUGUUGUUGUCUGAACGCUACUGAGCAAUUAUUUUUCCCGAUCAGUUCGUAUGGACGUGAGUAGACAUGAUGUCAUGGUAUUCCGAGAACAUCAAACUCGUAUCAGGAGCUCGUAUAAAGAUAACGGCUAUUGUAUCUUCCGUCGUAUUCACAUAUUGAGUGUGAUCUCAAAGACAUAGAUUAUAAAGUUGCAGCUUCGGAUGUGAAACUUCAGUUCUUCGAUGCCGUCUCUCCCGUGCCUCCCGAGAAAUCGUCAUGUCACUCGCAGAAAGAUCGUCUUCACCAGCUUAUGCAUCGGUUUGUUAUUCCUCUUCUCCGCUGCUUAUCGAAAAAAAUUUUCUGAAAGAGGGAAGCUGACAUUUCCAGUUUCAGACAUCUUAUGGGCAAGCGCUGACCGCAAGAUCGAAGAGCACUUUAAUAAUACUACACCACACUUCAAAACACUCCUGACACAGCUACAGUCGCAACGUCGGCUUUCAACGACGACAAAACUUCACUCGCGUUCUGGAAGUUUGGUGGAACAUCCGCACUUCUGGCCAGCUCUUCGUCCUGCAAGCGAGGACUUGGUGGUCUGCUACACGACCUUCGCUACAGCCAACAGAUUGUUAUGGCUUCCUUGGAUCAUAGAAUCUUGGCAAGGUCCUGUGUCCGUCUCUGCCUACAUUCAAGGCAACGAAUUUUAUGCCGUUAAUAUCAUCGAAGCUUAUCUCCGGAAAUGCUACGGUGCCGGAAUGGCACGCGUCACCAUCCAUCUUGUGUACCCAAGUGACGACAGACCAGAGUUUGGACUGAGAGCAAACGAUUCGAUUGAUUUGAAUAGUCUAAAAUGUGGCAGUCCGGAAGAAGCAAUUAAUGAUAUCCUGACAUCGUUUGAAUUAGAUCCAACGAAAACGAACGAACAAUUCCCACAAAACUUUAUGCGGAAUUUGGCUCGACGUGGCUGCGACACACCGUUUUCCGUCUCUGCCGAUGUUGACAUGAUUCCUUGCCCAUACAUGUACGAAAAUCUCUCUGCCUUUUUGAAAUUUAAACCUGAUUGUGAGAAGUGUGCUUAUGUCAUCCCUAUAUACGAGAUUCAAAAUUCACCGGGAAAUUUGCUACCGUCUACCAAAAAAAGUUUGAUGCGCUUGGUGAGGAAGAAAGAAGCAAGAAUAUAUCACAGCAAGGUUUACUCCCGAAACCAAGGCAACAGCAAAUUGGAAAAAUGGGGCACCGACGUGUCCAACUCGUCCGCUGAUGCCCUCUUCUGGACACUGAAUGGCAGAGGCAACCGCAGCAUCGAGGCCGUGGACAGCGUCGAGGAACUGGCGCCAUACCAAGAACUCUACAACAUCACCUCGUACCAGGAGUUCUGGGAGCCAAUUGUGGUUCUUGACAGAAGAGCGCCAGAGUUUGACGAACGAUUUGUGGGCUUCGGUCACUGCCGGAGUAGUUUGCACUACCUGCUGCACGCGCUGGGCUUCCAGUACUGGGUGCUGGAUCGCGCCUUCCUCAGUCACUUCGGCUUCCAGAACCUCAAAACUUAUGCGAAAUUUAGACUGCGUGAAAUAAAGGAAAAUUAUCAGCGCUACAAAAUUUUGAAAAAAGAAUUGCAAGUUGGCCUCGAGUCUUUGAAACUCAAGACGGAAUCUUAAAUGUAAAUACUUAUCUGUAAUAGUUGAUUUAAUUUUUUACAAUGAGGUUAGCAAAAGAGAAAAAUUAUUUCAUAUUGAAAUUAAAGUGAUGUCUGAUGCCAUUAGAGAAGAGAGAAUAACGCCAGUGCGUCGUCAAAGGGAGACGGUAAGAUAUUCGGAGACAAAAUAUUCUGGAUAAUCCUACAUUUUCAAUUGUAUGAGACCGAUUAUCAAGUACGAAAAGAAUUCUCUGGGAAAAGUUCUAAAAAUUUCAUAACCUAGGAUUGUAGGAUAGUAGACACAUCUAUAAAUUGAUUUGCAAGGAAGGUUAAUUAAAACCAGCAUGCUUUUUGUGUGAAAAAUCUAUUAAAUGUUCGACUGAGAUUACCGGCAAAACACUUCUGUCGAACACUGAAUUGAUUUCGUGCCACUCUCUUCAAUACAUAUUUCAACCAUGCUUCAAUCUACCAGAAGAAUUGAAUUGUCAUGUGAUUGAUGAUACUGUGUAUUCAUAGCAAAUUUUAUCUAUUUAUGAGGAAUUUUACUUCGCAAAAAUCAAAUCCAAGUGUAUAAUAUUAUCCAUUGAUGCAGGUUUUGUCCAAGAUCAGUGAACAAAUUUUAUUAACAAUUUUCCUGUCGUUUUUUCCCUUUUUACUGAAUUUAUUUCUUUGAAGGAAUAAAAAUUGAAAAUGAUGUUUGAAAAGGGAGCUUCAUUAACAUAUUUCGAUGUUUCGAACACAUAUUGUUCAUUGUAAAGUAAAGCGAAGGUUUUACAGCGCUUAACAUUUAGAUUUUGGGUUGACUUAAGUACAAAAAUUAGGUAUUAUGAAUAAAAUUAAAGCUUAAAUUUCUCUGAAAUUAUGCCAAAUCCCUGAAGAACUCACUAGCUUGCAAAUUGAUAGCUAAUAAUUUACAGGGCUUAACAUUUAGAUUUUGGGUUGACUUAAUUAAGUACGAAAAUUACGUAUUAUGGAUCAAAUUAAAGCUUUGAUUUCUCUGAAAUUAUUACCUGAAGAACUCACUUGCUUGCCAAUUGAUAUUUGAAGACGUAUUCUUGGUGAGGAGAGCUUCAGCUCAUGUCAGUCUUGUAGCGUCUGAGCGAUGCUGCCUAUAGGUAUUGCAAGCAUGCAUAGAGGGCGGCGCUGCGUCGGGAUCGCGCUGGUCUCACGGUGAGCCUCCCUCAUGUUCUUCUUUGGUCUUCCGGUCUGGAGUUGGCAAGUGAGACGGUGGCUUAACGUAGUUGAUGUAAGCCAAUAUAGAUUAAUUUUUGAAGAAUCUUUAACCUCAAAAGAAAUUUAUAAACGUCACAGGCAUCUUGAGUCCGGAUAUUUCACACGGAUUUUUUUGUAUGAUUUCCUUCUUUCAUAUAUAGCACAUAAAAAGUUUUAUUCUGUCAGUUUUUUUGUGCUCGUAAUUUCAUUUUGCACGAUUGACUGUAGGAUUCGUUCAUCUGCCUUGACCUCACAGUUCAUAUAUUUUUGGGAGGAGAUGGUUGUCGCGAUGCUUCCGUUUGGUGCUAGUUCAUUGUUGGCUCGGUUUUGGCGUAUUUUCAGAUAAUAACAAAACUUCGUUUACUCAAUGAAAGCAGGGGAUGGAUAUAUUCUCAAGCAAAUUGUUUAGCCUUCACCUCUUUUUAUAAAUACAUUUCAAUUAUACAAGUUAUACUAUCUAGAUGAACAAUUGAAAUUGCCUUUUUCGCCUCAUUCAAAAUCUCCUUUCUUAAUUUUCAAGCUACAAUAUUUUGAGACAAAUCCUUCGAUUUGUAAAACAGAAUAUCUAGCGGUUCUAGACGCCUUAUUUUCCGAUUUAUCUUUUCAUUGGAUUAUACAUAGUAAAAACUAUGGAGACGGAGUGCGAGCGGUGUAAAAAUGGAAAAAGUCUUCUUAAAAAAUGGCAUCUAGUGUCGCAUCUAGAUUUGCGGUACGAAUCGAAUGAUAUAAUACUCGAUGUUAUAGCUCGUAAAUUAAAAAACAGAGAUGAGAUUCAUAAAAUUCCCCACUUUAC